AUGUCAGUCAAUAGCUUCUUUGCCAAAAAUAGCAAUAAAGAAUCUUCAAAGCCAAAAGAAAUCACCGAAAGAGCAUUGCCUUGGGUGGAAAAAUACCGUCCAAAGAACUUAGAUGAAGUUACUGCUCAAGACCAUGCUGUCACAGUGUUGAAAAGGACUCUUAAGUCAGCAAAUCUACCUCAUAUGUUGUUUUAUGGUCCACCUGGUACCGGUAAAACUUCUACUAUUUUAGCAUUAACCAGAGAAUUAUAUGGCCCAAGCUUGAGUAAAACUCGUGUUUUAGAAUUAAAUGCAUCAGAUGAAAGAGGUAUCUCAAUUGUCCGUGAGAAAGUUAAAAACUUUGCAAGAUUAACAGUAUCUAAUCCAAGUGCUGAAGACCUAGAAAAUUAUCCAUGUCCUCCAUAUAAAAUCAUCAUCCUGGAUGAGGCAGAUUCAAUGACUGCUGAUGCCCAAUCUGCUCUUAGAAGAACUAUGGAAACUUAUUCAGGUGUUACAAGAUUCUGUUUGAUCUGUAACUAUAUAACCAGAAUCAUCGGUCCGUUAGCCUCAAGAUGUUCAAAGUUCCGUUUCAAACCUUUGGAUAACCAAGAUGCUUUAUCAAGACUACAAUACAUUCAAAAAGAAGAAAACAUAAGGCUAGAAGAAGGUGUUUUAGAAGAGGUUUUGAAAAUUGCAAGUGGUGAUUUGCGUAAGGCUAUUACCUUUUUACAAUCAGCUGCUAGACUACAUUCAAGUUUGAUGACCACUGAUAAAGAUGAUCUAAUCACUGUCAAGAGUAUUCGUGAAAUUGCAGGAUCUGUUCCAAGAGAUAUCUUAGAAGGUUUAUUAAAAGUUUCCGAAACCAAAGAAUUCGAAAAGAUCUUCAAGGUUGUUGAUGAUGCCAUUUCAGAAGGUUGGAGUGGUGUUGAAAUUGUUAACCAAUUACAUGAUGAAUUAAUCUUGAAUGAUGCUUAUUCACCAGAACAAAAAAACCAAUUUUCACAAAUUUUGUUUGAAACUGAUCAAAGAUUAUCAAACGGUACUGAUGAGCAUUUACAAAUAUUGAAUUUGGUAACGAAAAUUUCAAAAGUUUUUUAG